AAACCUAUAGAUGAACUUCUUUUGAAAGCAGAUGUUGGCAACAAAGCUGACAAAGAAUAUGUCAUUGAAAAAGUUCAAGAAGAACAUGACAGAGCAGAUGCAACAUAUGCAACGAAAGAACAUACUCAUCCUGAACUAGCAGACAAAACAUAUGUUGACAAUAAAAUGUCAAGUGAAGUGACAAGAGCUGACAAAGAAUAUUCUAAAAAGACUCAUACACAUACCAUUGCAAAUAUUGCAAACUUACAAGAAACCUUAAACAGGAAAAGUGACGUUGGACAUACACAUACCAUUGCAAAUAUUACAAACUUACAAGAAACCUUAAACAGGAAAAGUGCCGUUGGACAUACACAUACAUCUUCUGAAAUAACAGACUUAAACGUUAGCCUUGAAAAUAAAGCAGAUAAAACAUAUGUCAAUGAAAUAUACCAAAGUUUAGUUGGAACAAAAAAUAUUGAGACUAUUGUUGGUGACCUUUCUGUCAAUGAAGAAAAUAAAUAUUUUAGAUGGCAGUUGGUACAGUCCUUAGAAAAUGGUACACGGUAUAAACUCAUUCCGAAAAAUAACAAUGAAAUGUAUGUAAGCUAUAAAAAGAACGAUGGUACACAAGUUAAAGUUCCAUUAGACAACAACUGCUACUUAAACUUCUAUGGAGACGAACAAAAGAAAUAUUUAAGAGUUUAUGAAAUGGCAGAUAUGACAUUGCCUGACCCAGCUCCAGCACCAUAUUAUUAUGACUAUGGAGAUGACGUUAGAACACCACAUGUAGAUGAACAAAAGCUAACAUUAUAUUUAGAUUUUUAUAGAUAUAAAAGAUAUAAUGCAAUAGAAAAAACGAGAAUAGUAUACUAUUAUGAAGAUGACAGAAAUAAAUAUUAUAGUCAAGACUUUACCUACCCUGAAACAUAA